AUGGGCCAGCUUUCUAAACUUGCAUCAUGUUAUUGUGAUAAUGAACCGGAAAAUGUGAAGGAAUUUUACAGAAAGCUAUCCGAGGAUGCUAAAUCUUUGUAUAAGCAAACUAAGCAAAAUGAGAUUCAAAUCUUAUUUGAUAAAAAUAUGAAUGAAUUAGAAGAAAUUAGGGAGAAUCCUGUUGAAAAUAUAAUCUAUACACAAAAUUCAACAAGUGGGUUUGAAGAUAAUUCAGCCAGCCUUGACAGCCACAAUUUUAUUAACAGCUUCCAACCUAAUUUUCCCAAUAGCACCUUUUUCGAAUAUCCGUAUAGAAUGAAUGAAGUUACUAACGAUCAGGAAUUUAUUAGAAUGUUGGAAUACGAAAGCGUGCAGUUUACGCCUCUGCAAGUUGAUACAGAUUAUUUAAAUUAUACCCAAGGCAUUAAGGACCCUGUUGAAAAUAUAAUUUAUACGCAAACUUCAACACCUGGGUUUGAAAAUAAUUCUGCUAGCCUUAUGAAUCUUAUGAAUUCUUUUCUUGACAGCCGUAAUUUUAUUAGCAGCUUUCAAACGAGUUUCCCCAAUAGCAACUUUUUCGAAAAUCCGUAUAGAAUGAAUGAAGUUGCUAACGAUCAGGAAUAUAUUAGAAUGUUGGAAUGUGAGAACGUGCAGUUUUCGCCUCUGCAAGUUGAAGUUCCCAUUGAAGAUAUAAUUGUUUCAACUUGUGGCGCAGCCUCGGAUUGUAUCAAUUAUCCCGUUGAAAAUGAAAAUAUGUUUCUUCCGUCCCUUUAG